AUAGCCAAAAUACUAUCCUAAAUAGGCAAAUUUUUUUGUCAAAAUAAGCGAUAUAUCUGAAGACUUAAUGAAUGUCAACCAACAGGACUUGAACAUUAUGAAAAGGAAGAAAAUAAUUAUCUGGAAGUGACUUCAUUUUCUGACAAUCUCUACACUAAAAAAAAAAAAAAAUACCCCUGAACCAAAGAUGUUUGUCAACUACUUCACGUCCGUGCCCACGACCGUCUUCUUAGGGGCACUGAUGCCCCUCCUGAGGAUCCUGCUCUCAGCAGUGGUAGAGGAGGCGAGAGAGGCGGAGAGAGCCUUCAGCGCUCCAGAGAACUUUCUGGAAGAGUACGACUUUAUCGUCGUCGGGAGCGGAGCCGGAGGUGGCGUUGUGGCAUCCCGCCUGGCAGAAGUGCCCUCCUGGAACGUCCUCCUGCUGGAGGCGGGUCCUGUCCCGCCGCAGGACAGUUACAUCCCGGGGCUGUUCGCCUUCGGAUACAUGCGGGGCAACAAUGACUGGGACUACGUCACCGAACCUCAGAACAACUGUCUCAAGAGCUUCGUUGACCAGCGUGCCACUAUGCCACACGGGAAAGUUUUGGGGGGUUCGACGAUAACAAAUGGGAUGUUGUACGCCCGAGGCAACAGAAAGGAUUUCGAUUACUGGGCGUCGCUGGGCAACGCUGGGUGGGAUUACGAAAACUGCCUUCAUUACUUCAGGAAAAGUGAGAACUACAGGGGCAGCCAGCUUGGAGAAACAGAGCUGUACCACGGCCGAGGCGGUCCAAUGUCUGUUACGGGGUCUCAUCCCGGAGACCUCUCAGUGGCAUUCCUGGCGGCAGGCGCAGAGCACGGCUUUGAUAUCAUCGACCCGAGCGGACCCGUUCAGACAGGUUUUUCUAAGCCUUAUUUCAAUAUAGGAGAUGGCAUCAGGUCUUCUGUAGCUUACUCAUUCAUCAGGCCAGCAGCAGCAUGGCCCAAUCUUCAUGUACUACAUAGUGCUACAGUACAAAAGAUCAUCUUGGAUGACGAGAAAGGAUCCAAGGGAGUGAUAUUCAAACACGAUAACGUGUUGUAUAAAGCGAUGGCCAGCAGAGAGGUCAUCAUCAGCGCUGGGGCUCUUGGAUCGCCGAAACUCCUGAUGCUUUCCGGCAUAGGACCAGAGGAACAUCUACAGGAACACGGAAUAACAACCUAUAGCUCAUGUUCCGGAGUUGGACAGAAUCUGCAAGACCACAUGGGCGUGUACGGCCUCGUCUGGACGAUUAACAAAGGUUCAUCCUCCUCUAUGAGACAAAUCAUUGCUCCAGGAGCUAUUGAGCAAUAUGUGCUUGAAAGAGGAGGUCCUUACGCUGCCCCAAUUGGGGAUAUAGCAAACGCUUGGAUAGGCGUCAACGGAGAGAUCGACAAUGAUUAUCCUGACAUCCAAAUAUCGCUCUCACCUGCGCCAUUCCACCUCGAUAAAGGGCUCUUUGUUCCCUACAUCUUCGGCCUGGACAAAGCGCUCUACAUGCGGCAUUAUUCCCCCUUGUUUGGUGAGGAUGGCUUCACACUAGUCAUUAACCUGCUGAGACCCAAGAGUGUUGGAUCAGUGACCCUCAGAUCUAGCAACCCAGAAGACCUACCUGUUAUUGAUCCUCAAUACCUAAGCCAAGAGGAUGAUAUAUACACCUUACUGAAAGAUGCCGAAGUAGCUCCAGGACUCAUGCAGAAGAGCGUGCUCCACCUGAUAAUAGGGAAUUCAACUACUUUCAGACAGACUUUUGGGGCUAAGCUGUACAAUAAUUCAAUUCCAGGUUGUGAAGGCGAGACCUUCGGGUCGGACGGCUACUGGGUAUGUUACUUACGUCACAUGGCAACUUCCUUUUGGCAUCCUGCCGGCACUUGCAAGAUGGGUCCUGCAGAUGACCCCUUUGCUGUCGUCGAUCAACGGCUAAGAGUUCACGGAGUGAAAGGCCUGAGAGUCAUUGACGCGUCUAUAAUGCCCGUAAUCGUCUCGGCUAAUCCGAUGGCAGCGUCGAUCAUGAUCGGGGAGAAGGGAGCCGACCUCAUCAAGCAAGACUGGGGCCUCAAUGUCGGAUACUGAAACCAGCGUUGUUUGGCGUAACAUCGACUUUGUAAAUAUCUUUUCCAAUAAAACAAAUACUUCUUGA